AUGGGCCUGCGUGAUAUGGCUUUGACUAUAUACAAGGAGCUACAAUCCUGGCUGAUACCGCGACUCUUGCUUGCAGCGGAGAGCGACUGGGCCAAAUGCCCGCCUUCACAUCCUUCGCGGUUUUUGGCGCGGGGGCUUAUUGGGGCGCCAAUCGCGCGGGCGCUGCUUGCCAACGGUGCGAAUGUCGUGGUCAUUGUCCGACCCGGCUUCCGCCAGCGGUUAGCGCUACCGCCGGAGAUUCCACUGCAUGAACUGGAGUGUUCGGAGUACGAGGCUCUCAAGCAGCUCCUCGCAGCAAACAGGGUGCAAGUGGUCAUAUCCACGAUUUCGGCGGCAGACGUCGCUGCACAGCAUAUCUUAGCAACGACCGCACAGGAGGCGGGUGUUCAGCUGUUUGUGCCCUCGGAAUUCGGUAUCGUCACGGACAGUGUGCCUGACUUUGCUGCUGUGAUUGAGCACUUGAAAAGUCGCAACUUUCCAUAUACGCGGUUCUACGUCGGGUUCUUCAUUGAGACGAUUCCCGCAAUGAUGGGUUUGACUGUGAACUCCAAGAUCAACGUGGUCGGCUUUGGGAACAUGCCCUGCUCCUUUACUUCGUCGGAGGACGUAGCAGGCUUCGUUGCACACGUCUUGACCACCGUCCCUCCCGAGAGUCUGGCAAACAAGACAUUUCGGCUGGAGGGGGACAGGUCGACCCUUUCCGAUCUGGCCAUCUUGUUUGACACAGAGCUGAACUUCGUCGAAAAGGUACCGGGGCGGAUGGGAGACCUGUGGACCAAGAUGCAGAAAGCAGCUGAAUGCGGCAUGGCGAGCACGGGCUGGGAUGUGGCCGGGUGUGGAGAAGGCAGAGAAGAGUGUGCAGGUUGCACGAAUUCGCUGUGGGAAGGACAUGAGUGGAUGAAGAUUGUAACAUUUUUCAAGCGCCAGAAUUCAUAA